GAUGAGGAAUGUUUCUUUGACCUGCUGAGCAAGUUCCAGAGCAACCGGAUGGACGAUCAGCGCUGCCCCUUGGAGGAGUGCCCCUCGGAGGCUGCAGAGGCAGCUGCCACCCCUGUCCCUGCCCUGGGGGAGCGGAGAGCACACGCCUCCCUCAUGGCAUCUCCGCAGACCGAGGAGUUCUUCGACCUCAUUGCCAGCUCCCAGAGCAGGCGCCUGGAUGACCAGCGUGCCAACGUGGGCAACCUGCCAGGCCUGAGGAUAACACACAACAACCUGGGGCACCUGCGUGUGGAGGGGGACGCCCAGGAGCCCGGGGAUGAGUUCUUCAACAUGCUCAUGAAGUGCCAG